AUGGAGAGCGUCUCUGCUUCCCCCUCACCCUUCUCCUACACCACGCAGCCUGAGAACACCACCGCCCACGACCCCUACUCGGGCCUCCAGAAGAGCAUGCACGUCCUCUCCAUGGUGGUGUACGGCGUCGCCUGCCUGCUGGGGGUGACGGGCAACGGCCUCGUCAUCUGGAUCGCGGGCUUCAAGAUGAAGAAGACGGUGAACUCCGUCUGGUUCCUCAACCUGGCCGUCGCCGACUUCAUCUUCACCUUCUUCCUGCCCCUCAGCAUCGCCUACACCGCCCUGGGCUUCCACUGGCCGUUCGGGAAGCUGCUGUGCAAGCUGAACAGCACCAUCGCCUUCCUCAACAUGUUCGCCAGCGUCUUCCUCCUGACGGUCAUCAGCGUGGACCGCUGCGUCUCCGUGGCCUUUCCCGUCUGGUCUCACAACCGCCGGAGCCCGCAGCUGGCGGCCAGGAUCGCCCUGGGGACGUGGGUCCUGGCUCUCCUCCUCAGCUCCCCCUACCUGGUGUUUCGGGACACCGUGGUCAGUUCCAGGAACGUCACCACCUGCUAUAACAAUUUCGCCCUGUCCGACGACUACGCGUCGGAGGCCACGCGGAGGCUGUGGAGGGUGAGGCACAAAGCCAUGAUCCUAACGCGGUUCCUGUGCGGGUUCCUCGUCCCCUUCACGGUGAUUCUCAUCUGCUACAGCAUCGUUGCCUUCAAGCUGAAAAGGAGGCAGUUAGCCAGCUCGGCCAAGCCGUACAGAAUCAUCAUCGCCGUCACCGUCUCCUUUUUCCUCUGCUAUUUUCCCUACCAUGUCUUCUCCUUGCUGGAAAUAUCCAAAAACUCUUCCAGUCAUGAGAUGAAACUGGCUCUUUACAUCGGGAUCCCCUUGGUUUCCAGCCUUGCUUUCUUCAACAGCUGCAUCAACCCCAUCCUGUAUGUCUUCGCGGGGCCGGAUUUCAAGGAGAAGUUUCGCCAGUCCAUCCUGUCGACCUUCGAAGGGGCCUUCAGUGAGGAAUCUCUGCUGGGCAGCCUGACCAGCAGGCGCAAGUCCAGGUCUGCUUCAGAGGCAGAGGUCCCGAGGCUGUGA